CAGAGACUCCGUAUUGAAAAAAGAGAGUGGAAAAUCAAAAAUCGUCCCCAGACUUCUGGCUUGACUAUUUCUGAACAGGCGCCUCCUGUGGAGGGGCAUGCCCGACUCCGAGCCUGCCCGUCGCCUCCCGAGGUCCAGGCAGCUCGGCCUCCCACGAGCGGUGGACAUGGACGCGCCCCAGGCUCGGGGGCGGGGCCGCGAGGAGCGCGCCGGCCGUGCGCGCCAGGGGCAGCGCCGCGGCGCCGGGGCCGCCCGGGCGACGGCGCGCGGCGGCGCCGGGGGCAGCACCCAGGGCGGCGCCGGGGCCCGUCUCCUUCGGUGGCAACUCGAUAGCGCGAGGCCCGUCGCCGGGGUGCACUCCCUGUACCCCGCAAAGAAGCCGUUGGUGGUGCAGUGAUACCCGGCGUCGCAGCACGUAGGCCCGGAGUACGUGGUGAACAUGCCGCCGCCGCACUGCUGCAUCGCCCCAGCACACUUCGCGCCGCUCCCGCCGGGCCCAGGCCCGGGCGCGCCGCCGGGAGGCCCGUAGCCGCCCGGGGGCCCGUAGCCGCCCGGGGGUCCGUAGCCGCCGGGGGGCCCGUAGCCCGCCGGCGGCCCGAAGCCGCUGGCGGCGCCGCCCGCCG